AUGUGCUCCCGCGGGUCCUCCUGCCACAGCCACGAGACCUCCUGCCACGGCUCCCGCUCCUCCUGCCACGACUCGGAGCCCUCCUGCCAUUACACCAUCCAGAGGGUCCCCGUGCCCAAGUACACCUACGUGACGCCGUGCUGCCCCCCGGUGCAGCCCUGCUGCCCUCCAGUGCAGCGCUAUUGCCCCCCACUGCAGCCCUGCUGCCCUCCAGUGAAGCGCUAUUGCCCCCCACUGCAGCCCUGCUGCCCCCCAGUGAAGCGCUAUUGCCCCCCGGUGCAGCCCUGCUGCCCCCCGGUGAAGACCUACUGCCCACCCAUCCCUUACUGCCCUCAGUACACCAAGAACAUCUGCAAACUGCCUCCACCAUGCCCCAAGUUCUAA